AUGAGCGCCAUCGCAUCGUACAGCUUUGGAAACUUUGCCUGGCUGGCAACCCAGGGUCUGCCUCUUGUCAUUUGGCCUAACUUUAUUGGAUCUAUUCUUCGAUCUGAGAAUGAUCCUUCUUCCCCGCUCGAGACCUACUUUGGUCGAUCUCUUGGUCUAGCUCUUCUUGCGCUUGGCCUCAUGGUGGUCGUUCUUUCGGGUGCUCUACCUCUCGGUACUACUUCAGACGAAGCUCCCGAUGGCCCGCCCUCUCCCUAUGCCGCCGCCGCAGUCCUUAUAUCCACCCUGCACCACGUAUCGAGCGCCUUCUACUGCUAUGGACGCUACGCAUGGACCGGGGAGACAGGUUUCCUACUUGGCUGUGCAGGAAGCACAAUAUUUGCGACUUUUGGAAUAUACUGCGUUUUGUUUGCUGGUGACAAGGCUAUGACAAGCCGGUAUCACAAGUUUGACCAGAGCACGAGUGGAUUCCCGUUCAGCAACUCGCAGUCAUACCGGGCCAAGAAGAAGGCACUGUAA